GUGGUCAGAAAACAAACGCACACAAACUGAAGUAUACAUGAUUUGAUUUAAUGUACAGUGUACAAGCUUUUGUGGAUGUCACACAAAACACACGCCAAAGGUCACUGUUCACCGAAUUUGACUCCACACGAUCGUAUUAAAAAAAAAUUUGGACAAAGUUUUCAACAUGGCAUGUCCAAGAAUUCUUUCACAAUCUGUGAACCUGUGUUCUAGAGUAUGCAGGGUGUCUGCUCGGGCUACUGCACGUCCGCAUUUAUUGAACUCUUCAUCAAAAAUAACAAGGCAGCAAAGUCUUCCAGUGCCACGACAAUUUAGCACAUCAACUUCUGACCUCUUGAAAGAAGGUCGUCUGUUCUCCAAAGAUCAUGAGUGGAUUCUACCUGAAGAAGACAUACGCACAGGAACUAUUGGUAUCAGUGACUUUGCCCAGGAAAAACUAGGAGAUAUAGUGUAUAUUGAAUUGCCCCAGACUGGGAUACGUCUAGCCAAGGGAGAUUCCUAUGGUGUGGUUGAGAGUGUGAAGGCAGCAAGUGACCUAUGUGCCAUGAUCGAUGGUAAAGUCAAACAGACGAACAAGGCUCUGGAUAAAUCACCCGAAUUAGUCAACAGUGAUCCACUUGUUGCAGGUUGGAUGUUGAAGAUGACAAUAGAUCAUCCAGAACAGUUAGAGGAACUCAUGUCACAAGAGGAGUACGAGGAAUACAUCUCCAAGGCUUCCGACUCAUAACCAGAAAGCACCAAAUGUUGCACGUUGAAUUUAUCUAGUGUUACCCAAGUUGGAGUUUUGCGACUAGUUCUCUUCGCAGUGUUGUUGAACUUUUUCCCCCUGAGAUUGAUUGGUGUUCAUCUAUAGCUCUUCCCCUGAUGUCUGAGGUUAGUUAAGAUACAUGUAGGUGAGAAGUUCCCGUUGAUGCCGUCAGGCAAACAGCGAGUUGGUAAAAUUGUAAACAACCCCUAUAUUUUGGGGUAUUGAGCAAAAUGAGGAAGUUGGGGGCAGUAGGGAUAAAUCAUUGGGCGAGUCACAGUGUAGAUUGAUCAGUUGCAAAUGAAGUGGACUGCAUCACCGUUAUACCUUUUGUAAACUUGGUUUUGAAUUUUGUAGCAAAAUAAUUCUUUGAUCAAUAAGUAUUGAAGGAUUUAUUUUCUGAUUUUGAAUUCUUUUUUCAUACACUGGUUGUAGCUUUACCAACUCUCUUUGUUUCAUCCCUUUUGAAAUUUAAUGUUUUUUUUUUUUUUUCAUUAUUAUUUCUAUUUGUGCACAUUUAUUUUAGGAUAGAACUGAGCACAGUAUUUACAAACUUUUAAUAGUAAUGGUUUGCUCUUUCACUUAUCUUCCAAGACACAUUUGAUUUGCCUUGCACACGACCGAGAGUUGUGAAUUUCAAUGAAUGGAUUUGAGUUGAAGACUUACUUGGGAUUGGGGGGGGGGGGUGAGGGUUCUACAUAUUACUUACAGUUGAAUUUUAAUUGAGGGUGUUGUGUUAAAACCAGCAAACGUUGACCCAUGGAAAAGGUGCAGGUGCAUUAUAUGGCUAUAUGCCCCCCACAACCGUUUAUCACCCUCAAUUUACUGGAUUCUAAUUUCCUCUUCUGAAUCUGCAAACACCACAGGAUAAUUUGUUUUUGUGAUUUAACCAACAUUAAAUGAAAUAAUUAUCAGAUUUAUUAUAUAAUGCAGUUUAAAACAUGAUGUUCAUUGGAGCAAAGUUCCGGAAGUAUUUCAUAGGGCCUGUUUUGUACUUAAACAAAGAUGUUCCAACAGUGGCAUUUUUUAAAUGCCUUGCCCCUUUGAUCUUUGUGUUUCUCAGGUUUGCAAAUUUUCUCAUAAAAUGUGUACAAUUUAACAUUCGUUCACAAUUGUGUUUCUUUUCUUUUUCUACUUCUCACCCAUUAGUGCCUGUAUUCAUAAACUUGUAUAAGCACUGCAUCAUUUGAUAUUUGUUUCCAAGUAUUUUGCAUAUAUCAAUUGAAACUUUAAAAAGAUACCAAAGAAUGGUUGAGUAAAUCAAAGGGCUUGACUACCCAUGGUUGUCUUGACUUGACUAAGCUCUUAGUCUUGACUGUGUGUAUCAAUGCCCCAAGCACUUUUAUCUGUAAUAUUCACAACAGCUAUCAGCUGUGUUGCUGUCAUUAAAAUGUAGGGGUGUCUAUAUUACCUGUCCCAUUGUGGUAUUAACAGGGACUUAAACAGUGAUGUCUUCUUUUUUAAGUCUUUCAGCUGAUAAAAGUUUUAUGUGCAGGCCUGUAUAAACCAUUGGUUCUCUUGAAUUCCCAUGUUUGCACUCUGUGGUAGGUUGUCAAAAAUUAGCCGUUAGAGGGCGCUGUCGAUGUCAAGAAGUAUCAAAAGAAGACUUGGGUUAUUAACACUUUGUUUUGAUGUGGCAGUAAAUCAGCUGGGCCCAAUUUCAUGGCUCUGCUUACCACCGAAUUCUGCGCUUACGAUUGCGAUUCCCCGCUUACGUGCAA